AUGGCUGGUGGGCCUGUUCUGCUCACCCGGCUCUGCUCCCUGCUCUUGGGGAACAGCUCUUGCGGCUGCGACGUGGUGCUGAGCGCGCGGCGCCUGCGCUGGAGCCCCAUCCUGCCCGAGAGUCCCGCAGGUGAUUCUGUCACAGGUGUACAGGUUAAAGAGGAAAUUAUUGAAAUGAAAGAUAUGUUUGCAGUAAAACUGAAACGUCGUCGUUUUGCUGGACAGAAAAAAGGCGGCACUUUGCUGGGUAUCACAAUUUUUAAAUGCUUGUAUAAAGAAGAAAAUAAGCUGACGGACUGUGCUAUCCAUUUGCAUAACUUCAGUGAAGAUCACUGCCAUGCAUGGUUUAAAUGUCUGAAGGAAAUUUUGAAUGGUUUUCAGAAUAGACCAAAAUCCUUAAAAGUGUUUGUUAAUCCAAGCAGCCACAAAAGAGAAGCCAUGCAUGUUUAUUAUGAACAAGUUGCACCUCUUUUUAAGCUUGCAGACAUCAAAACGGAUGUCACGGUAACUGAAUAUGAAGGCCAUGCUCUUUCAGUACUUAAAGAAUGUGAUCUCCAGGCAUUUGAUGGGGUAGUUUGUGUCGGUGGAGAUGGAUCCGUCAGCGAAGUUGCUCAUGGUCUGCUACUGAAAGCCCAGAUAGAUGCUGGAAAAGACACAGACUACCUACUCAGGCCUGCCAGAGCAUCCCUUCCUCUUGGAGUAAUUCCAGCAGGUACUACUAAUAUUUUGGCCCACACGCUCUAUGGUAUUAAGCACCCAGUGACUGCAACAUUGCACAUUAUAAUGGGACAUGUUCAACCAGUUGAUGUCUGCACUUUUAGUACUCCGAGCAGGCUUUUACGUUUUGGGUUCUCGGCCAUGUUUGGCUUUGGGGCAAGAACUUUGGCUUUGGCUGAGAAGCACCGCUGGAUGCCUUCUAAUCGGCGGAAGGAUUUUGCUUUUAUCAAAACACUGGCAAAUCUCAGGCCAGAAGAAUGUGAGCUAUCAUUUCUACCUCUUCAGAUUUCACAAGAAGAUUCUCAUGAGAAUGACAGAAGGAAGAAAGAGACAAUUAAAAACAAAGGCAGCAAGGAUCAAUGGCACAAGAUCCAGGGUCACUUCCUGAAUGUGAGCAUUAUGGCAAUCCCUUGUCUGUGCUCAAUGGCACCAAGAGGCUUGGCACCUAAUACGAGGCUGAAUAAUGGCAGCAUGGCUCUCAUUAUUGUGCAAAAUACUUCUCGUUCGGAGUUCAUUAAACACCUGAAAAGAUACACAAGUGUAAAAAAUCAGUUCAAUUUUCCCUUUGUUGAGACCUACACAGUUGAAGAAGUAAAAGUAGAGCCAAAAUGUAAAAGCGUGUUUGAUACCAAAGACGAUACGUACGGGAAUGGCACUUCUGCAGAAGGAACUUACCCUUGGAACAUAGAUGGAGACUUGAUGGAAGAAGCAUCUGCUGUUCACAUUCGGCUCCAUCCUCAACUCAUUGAUCUCUAUGGAGUGAACACUGAUGAACUGGAGGGUUCCAAAGCAACCUGUAAUUGUAUAUAGGAGGAAUAUGCAGCCUUUUUGCU